AACAAAAAGGCUGGGUUGACAAGAGGGAGCGAGGGAAACGCGGAUGCGGAUGGCAUGGGAUGGGAUGGACCUCACCGACCCAGAACAAGAGAACAGACACACACACACACACACACACACACACACACACACACACACACACACGGUGGACCUCAAUAACAAUAACCACGGUUGAAGGCUGACUGACUAAAGCGCGGGCUGGCUGGCUGGCUGACCGGCGGAGAAUAAUCAUACGAUGGAUGCACUAGUAGCAAAGAAGGAGCCGGGAUACCCGAAGAGGAAACCGCAGUAUCGAUUGCGCUACCUCUUAGAAGGGAUUCAUGGAGAGACGGGGGACAGACAUGCUGAGGUUUACCUGGGAUUCAGGUAUAUGCGAGAACAGGUACCUAAGUAUACGAACGGUACACAUACACACACACACACACAGCCAGCAGUAACCAUAUUCCAUCAUCAACCUGGACGGCCCUCAUCCGAUCCAGUGGUACCACCACCACCACCACCAAAACCCAAAACGAAACCCCGCCGAUCUCGUCUAAUUCAUGCAGGCAAUCAGGAUCAUCACUUCAAUUCUGUCCCGUUGUCUCAGCUUCAUUCUUUUCUCAGGAACGGUUACGGCCGGCGGCGGCCGGCGGGGGUCACACGACACACUAAACGGCUCAACGUCUCAAACUCUAAAUUUUUUUAUCUUUUUAUUUUAUUUUGGUACUGCCCCCCCUGUUUUUCUGUUUAAGAGAGGAAAAAAAAAGAAGACUUCUCCGCAAACCUAAUGGGAUUGGAAAAUGCUUGUUUUCUUUGGCCGAUACCCCCCCUUCCCUCCGCUCCCCUGCCUGCCUGCCCCUUGCUUGUUGGAUUGGGAUUACGUAGGCUGAGACUUCUGUUGACUGCUGA